AUUAAUUUGGCCCAAUAUUUCGACUCAUUAUUCCUUUUUGAUUGUUUCAAAUGCCACACGGGGUGGAACGCCACACCUGGAAAAUAUCUGAGCGUUGGUUUUGCCCCCAAAAACCGGGCAGUGAUUUUAGCUAGUCCCCAGAUAUUGGUGCCAGUUUUUGGCGGGAUACCAUUUAAAUGUGAGGUUAAGUGAGUUAAGUUUUAACUAAACACUGUAAAUUGUGAAUUUUCGCCAUGGAUUUCACGUCGUAUCGCCGCACGGUGCGAAAAGCCACCGCCGAGGAGCCCCUCUCCGAGCUGUACCCCCACGACGUGAGCAUGUACCGCGAAAGCCCCAAAAGCGAGAUUUCCAUCCUGGAAUUCGAGCAAAUCGCCCUGGACCGGCUCAAAUUGCUGCGAAUUAUCGAGCAAGCGGCCCCCAAAGGCAACCGGUUGUACAGCGACCAGUGGAAGACGUGCAUUAAGGACGACUUGGCCAAGGCAGGGUUGAAAAAAUACGUGCGCUUGAUGGGGGGCACCAGUGGCACGAGCGACUUGGAUUACCAAGCCCGCAAGGCCGAUUACCUCUCACACUUUAUCCUCCGGCUGGCGUAUUGCCGCUCGGAGCAAUUGCGACGGUGGUUUUUGAGCAGGGAACUCGAGUGGUUUUGGAUUCGUUUCACGGCUCAGUCGCGCGAGGGGGUCAAGAAUUUUUUACGAAUUUAUAAAUUCUCAUAUACUCCUAUUUCGGAGGAGGAGAAGGUUUCGCUAAGGCAUGAACUGGAGGCGUCAACUGCGGGGUUGAUUCUGUUCGAGGAGACUGAAUUUUUUAAAGUGCCUUUUACUGAAGUUUGCUCGUUGGUGAGGGGCCGGAAAGUGUUUCUUAAGGCUGGGUUUGCCUAUAUUCCGUCCAGCGAGCUGGUGGUCUGCAUCCAGUCGAAGUUCAGGGCUGAAUUAAGCGAAGAGCUAACUUGGUACAGCCACCGCAUCCACCUUUUCGACGACGAGCGUAUUGGGCCCCUUUUGUCCAAUUUCCACAAUUUGCACACGGGCCAAAAUUACCGAGUCCGUGAAAACCACGAAAGUGUCGAUCCAGCAGAUCUGGACACAUAUGCUAAAAAACACUUCCCUCUCUGCAUGAAACACAUGCAUGAGGUUUUGCGGUCUGAACACCACCAUAAACACCAAGGCCGUCUAACUUACGGUCUUUUCUUGAAAGCUAUCGGGCUUUUGUACGAAGAUGCGCUCAAAUUUUGGAGGGAUGAGUUCACGAAAAAAAUGGAUUUGAAUCAGUUUGAGAAGGGUUACGUUUACAAUAUCAAACACAUGUAUGGGUUGGUGGGGAAAAGGGCCAGUUAUUCGCCCUACAGUUGUGUUAAAAUUAUUACGAGUAGUGUGGGGCCUGGGGAGCACCAUGGCUGUCCGUUUAAGCACUGGGAUGUUAAUCUUGUUAAGCAGAAAGUUAUCGAAUGUGGUGUGAGCGUUGAUGGUGCUAAUGAAAUCAAGCAGCUUGUUUCUGAUGGUCAUUAUCAACUAGCUUGUGGAAAAUAUUUCGAAUACACUCACGGAAAAGCGCUGGGAAAUGGAAUUAAUCACCCUAAUCAGUAUUUUGAAGAGAGCAUGAAUAUUGAAAAAGGAGCUUCAGGCAAUAAGAAAUAAUAUCUGUUACUACAAUUAAACGUUAUUUUUUAAUAAUUUAUUUUAUAUUUACCCUUCAGUCUAAAUUGCAUCCGUUUUUUUAAUUUGGUUUUAAUAAAGUCCCAAAGACUUUAAUUGUUGA